AUGCCCGUCUUUCGAGGAUUCAGUCCCAUUUGCCUCCAAAAUAAAGGAUGCUCUAUCCGCCAAAUGCUAACCCUUCUGGGAGCACUUCUUAUUUGCUUUUGUGUCGACGGUUGUACGUACAACAUUGGCAUAAUGAUCUCCUACUGGUCAACAAGUCUCAACGUCGAUACAUUCUUUCUCUCGUGGGUCGGUUCAAUCCAGAUGCUUUGCACUUACGGUUUGGGGCCGUUGUCUAGCUUUCUCAUAAAUUACUUCGGACUGACUGCCGUAGCCAUUACAGGGGCAAUAGUUGCUUCGUUGGGUCAUUUAAUAACUGGGAUUGUGGGGAGUAUGAUUACAUUGUAUAUAUGCUUCGGCGCAAUGGCUGGAAUCGGUUAUGGGUUGCUUUACAUGGCUGCCAUUAUUGCUGUCACUACGGGAUUUGAUGAGUUACGACCAAUGGCAAUGGGAAUCAUGGCCUGUGGGUCCGGAAUAGGCGCCUCUGUACACAGUAUAUUGUACCCUUUUAUCGAAUCCAUCGUAACAUGGAAGGGACUGAGUAUCUCAACAGCUGGAUUACUUCUACAUGCCUGCAUAUUCGGCUGUCUUCUCGGACUUACCCCACCCAAGAUAUCAGCUCAGCCCCAAGUUACUCAGUCAGCCCAAAACCCUAUAUCUAGUAUGUUUAGCCUCGAUUUCCGUUCCCUUGGUCUUCUGGGUUCAGGGUAUCUUAAUCUGCCUACGAAUCCAACUAAUGAGGCAUCUACAUCACAGGCGAAUCUAAAAAAUGCGAUAGUUACUCCAAACAUGCAACACAUGAUGGGAAGUUUGGGAUCAUUUACAUAUUUGGUUGAAAUUGAGAAGAUUGUGAACCAGAUGGGACUAUUUGGAAAGGGAGAUCCCCUACAUAGGAAUACUGCGUUUCUUGUCUUUAUUAUUGCAGUAUUUCUUCAAUCACUCGGAUCUCUCUCACCAGUCGUUCUGUUUUUCGAUAUGUUGCUCAUGGAAGGUAUGAAUGAGAAAUCGGCAUCAAGUACGGUUGCAUUAAUGGGGAUAUUUAAUGCAGUUGCGAGGCUGCUAUUUGGCACAUUGGCCACAUUUGGUUGGGUGAAUAAAACAUUUCUUCUUGCACUCUUCAUGGUAGCUAGUGGAGGAAUCAACGUUGGCGUGUUCUUCUUUCAACAAGUGCAAUUUUUGCAGUUAUAUUCCUGUGUCGUUGGACUCUGUCUAGGUACGUCCCUCUUAGCUGCGAUUGUUCUUUUUAAAUACUCUUCAGCUAUUUUUUUAGCGUUCUUGAGACAGCAUACAUAUAUUAACGAACAACGAGGUGUGACGGUGCUGCAUCCUCUAGUGUUAGCGGAUCUUGUUCAGCUGGAACGCUUAACUGAAGCCAUGGGGUGGGAAAUCAUGUUAGGUGGCUUGGGUUAUUGCUUGAGUACGCCACUAGCCACCAGCAUCAAUCUAUGGCAUGGCAAUAUUCACAUCAGUUACCUCGUAUCAGGGAUACUCAUGGUGCUUGGAGGGUGCUUUGCAAUUCUCACCCAUUGGUCACAUCGCACCUUCACCGAGGACGAUGUCAAUCGUCUACGCAGACGCCUUGAGGCGGCGCUCGGUUAG